AUGCUCAAACAACGCCCUUCUUCCAGAGCCCCUACCUCCGGCACUCGUCCUACUGAGACGUCCGCCUCUGGGACAGCAUCUUACAGCGACGAUUCUUCGCAGGAGACCAGCCAGGACUACACCGACUCUGAAGAAGACCUUUACGACGACGAAUACGACGACGACGACGCUCUUGGCCCGUCUGACUCUGCUUCAACUAGCGACCACGAUCAACAUUAUCGUCAUCACCUCUCUCAGCGUCAGCAUCAGCUCCCUCCUCACCAGCUUCCGCCUCAACCUCAAUAUCCACCACCACACCAUCAGCAGCUUGCUCAUCACCAGCAAUUACCUGGUCGCCAACCGCCACCCCAUCAAUUGCAACCCCGUCAACAAGGUCCUCCCCAGGAUCUUUACCAACCUGAAGAGGAGCCCAGACAGUCUUAUCGUCGACCGCGGCGCGAUCGUGCAGCGCCACCAACCGCCAAUCUGGAAGAUCCUCGUGGGUAUGGCGCCUAUGGCCGUGGCGCAUAUGGGCAUCCCCAACCCAGCGGGCGCCCUGGCCCGGGUCAAAUGUACGGCAGAGGCCAGCAACCAGGAUACCAAAACCAAAUGGGACCCUAUAUGGGAUACCCUGCGAACAGCCAGAUGGUGCCGUUUGGCUACGGUGACCCUGCCAGCCCUUACGGUGCUGGCUAUGGAGGAGAAGGUAGAGGCAUGUAUGAUCUGAUGCCUUACCAACAACCUCCAAGUGGUUACUAUGGCGCCGUACAGCCUCAUCCCCUCUACGGGCCACCCCACAUGGCUGGAAUACCACCUGGGCAACUCACUACACCACCUCCUCCUCCGCCUACUGAGGCUCCUGCCAAGCCAGCCACACCCGCUCCUCCAAAAGAGGAUCCGGAGAAGAUUCGAUUGGAAGCUGAGAUUGCUGCGUUUAAGGCUAUGGAGGAGAAAGUCAAGGCUGCCGAAAAGCAAAAGGAAGCUGAGGCGCAAAUCCGAAGAGAAGCUGAGGAAGCCUUCACUCGAAGAAUGGAAGAUAUGAGACUGGCCCAAGAGGAAGCCAAAAAAGAGAUCGAAAGGGCCAGGCUUGAGGCAGAAAAGGCUGCCCGAGAAAGAAUGGAAGCCGAACGAAAGGCUGAAGAGAAACGCGCCCAGGAACACGCUCGCGCUAUGGCAGAAGCCGAGGAGAAGGCUCGUCUCAGAUUCGAAGCAGAGAUGAAGGCCGCUGAAGACCGAAGAAAGGCAGAGGCAGAGGCUCGCAUCCAAGCUGAAGAAGAAGCCAGAAAGAAGUUCGAGGCUGCAGCGAAGGCAGCUGAAGAACAACGACAGGCUGAGGCUGCAGCGCGCGCACAAGCAGAAAGGGAGGCCCGAGAGAAGUAUGAGGCCGAGAUGAAGGCAGCCGCCGAACAGCGCAAAGCAGAGGCGGAAGCCAAAGCCAAGGCCGAAGAAGAGGCUCGUCUGAAGCUCGAGGCUGAAUUGAGGGCAGCGGAGGAGCGUGGUAAGAGAGAAGCUGAAGAGAGGGUUAGGGCCGAAAGAGAAGCUCGAAUGAAAUUUGAGGCUGAACUGAGGGCUGCUGAGGAGAAGAGGCAGAAAGAGGAGGAAGAGCGAAAGCGUGCUGAAGAGCUUGCUCGAGUUCGCUUUGAGAAGGCACUACAAGAGGAAGCUGAUGCAAAGGCCGCAGCCGCGAAGAAGGCCCAAGAGGAAGCCGAGCGCCUCAUGAGACUUGAGCAAGAAGCUAAGGAAGCCGCCGCAAAGAAAGCAGCCGAGGAAGCCGAGAAGCUCAAGAAGCUCGAAGAAGAAACUCGCGCGAAGGCUGAGGCUGAGACACUUAAGAAAAUCGAGGAGGAAAAUAAGAAGGCAGCAGAAGCUGCCGCAGCCGAGGAAGCCGCUAAGAAAGCCGCCGCAGAACUUAAGAAGAAAAUUGAAGAGGAGACAAAGGUCAAGCUUGAAGAGUCUAAGAAGAAGGCUGAGCAGGCCCCAAUCCGAUUCAAGGAUGCGGUUGGUCGAAAGUUCAGCUUCCCUUUCCACUUGUGUGCCACUUGGCAGGGUAUGGAAGAUCUCAUCAAGCAGGCUUUCAUGCAAGUUGAUGUUUUGGGUCCUCAUGUAAUGGAAGGACACUAUGAUCUUAUCGGCCCCGAUGGCGAGAUCAUCCUGCCAUCCGUUUGGGAGAAGGUGGUUCAGCCUGACUGGGCUAUCACCAUGACGAUGUGGCCAAUGGAUAAGAUGCCUCCGCUGGGACACCCCAAGAUGCCUGGCGGGCCGGGCAUGCAUGGGCACAAGCACGGUGGCCCUAUUCCUAUUCCACCCCGUCCCAUGGGCGCAGGCAUGCGACCUCCUAUGAUGCCCCCAGGCGGUAUGCCACCUGGAGGAGUUCGACCACCUGCGGGAUGGCCUGUCGGAGGAGGUGUUCGACCUGAUAUGCCAAUGCCGGCCAACGUUGUCACAGUUGGCCCUAAUACUGGCAAGUCCAGCAAGCACAAGAAGGCUUCCAAGGAUCACUCAGGAAUGGCAGGCUUUCUAUUUGGCAAACCUCAAAAGAAGAAGCCUAGCAAGAAAUGA